UUUUUCUUUUCGGAAGAAGAUCCCGACAAAGCGGCCCUAUUUCUUUUCAGCCAGAAAAAGUCGAAGAAUCCGAAAACCGACGAUGUACGCCAGGACUAAUACCGGCAGCACACACGGAGACUUUCAAGAUAGAAACGGAGUGAAUUAUGUGACAUCGACAGAGUCUUUCGGCCACUGCUCUCAAUUGUUCUGGAAAAAGGAUCCCAACGACUCCGGACCAAGUUCGACCAUCAGCUGGUGUGAUCAGCUCCCUUCGUCCUCAGCAGCACUCUCUAGUUCCAGCCUCUCCUCAGCAUCACUCUCCAGCUCCAGUCUCUCCAUGGAGUCCCGAGCGCCAGCACCUACACAAGCACCAGCGACAACAGCGUCAGAUGACAUGGAAUCAGAUGAGAGGCCAUAUGUCUGUGACCUGUGCACCUGCGCCUACAAGCAUGCGAGCUCCCUGCUCAACCACAAGCUCACCCACAAGACUGGAGACUUCAGGUGCGACUUUUGCAGCAAGCCCUACACCAACUACAUGUCCCUGCGCAACCAUAUGCGAAUCCACGGUCAGAAGCGCUACAUGUGCGACCUGUGCGGGAAGGCCUUCCGUCUGGCCCGGUACCUCCGUAAUCACCAGAGGAUCCACGAUGACGGGCCCAACCGCUUCGACUGUCCCUCCUGCUGCAAGAGCUACAGGACCAUGCUGGAGCUGGCCCAGCACCGUUGUACUGCUGCUGCAUCCAACCAGAACCGGUUCAACUGCCCGUCCUGCUUUAAGAGCUACAGAACCAUGCUGGACCUGGCCCAGCACCGCUGCAGCGCCGCGGCCAAAAACCAGUCUGGUGGUCGUCGUUCCAAUUUUGCCGCCACUCCUCGCCGUCAGCAGCAGCAGCAGCAACAGCAACAGCAACAGCAGAACAGUGCCAACUCCAUGAUGCAACCGCAGCAUGGAGGACACGGCCAGCAAGAACCUCUGCCCUCCCACUGCGUCUCCCCCAUGUCCCAGGGAGGGCAGGGUGGCGUGACCAGCCAGUCUGUGCCUGACCCCCACCAGCAGGGCCGUCCCAGCUCAGUGUCCUCCCAGAGCAGCCAGCAGAGCAUGAGGAGCUCAUCCUCCAACAAACACAUCUCCUCCUCCAGUGCCACCCCGUCCUCCUCCUACUCCCUGCUCCAGCCCCUGGUGCCUGAGGUAAAGGAGUUGAGCUCGGGAUACACUAGGCUGAGCGCCAACCCCAUGCCAAAGCACCAGGACACUUUCUCCCUGGCCCCCCAGCGGCCCCUCACCACCAUCAACCCCAUCGGCCACUCUCUCCAUCCGAAUGGAGCACCCACGCUCAAGCCUUCCCCAGUGCCACGCACCAUCCAGGCCAUGCCCUGGGAGCAGCGCUCUCUCUACAAUCAAUGAGACCCCUGGGAACCAGCCGCCCCCCCUUCACGUCGCGUCCAGCACCACCCCCACACACCCUCCUCAUCUCCCCACCCCUUUCGGACCCAGCAUCAAGGAGGGAGGACUUUGGAUGCCCCUCCGACCUCUUACCCUCCUCUGGAACGUUGUGUUUGGGAACAGGGAUGGGCACCAUUGAGAACUAGCUGAGAUUGAUAACUGAGUAGUUAGUUUUAAAAAAAAUGUGUUGCCUUGACCCUCAUGUAUGAUGUAUGCCAUGUACUGGAUAUAAGUUAAAAUGUCUGCCCCCUGAUCUAUCCUCUCACCAAGAAUUUAUCUGCCCAUCCUCCUCUUCCACUCUAAUUAUGAAAAUAUCUAUCCUUCCCAUUAUAAAUAGUGUGUCUCUCUCUGCCCCGCCCUUUAUCUAUAUGUUGAAUUAAACAGAAGGCUAUUUUUAUCAAGAGUAUGUUCCAGACUUUGAACAACGAGGGAUGCCAGGGAGCUGCAUUGUCAAAUUAAAUGUGACAGAAUUCACCCUUCAGUCUGAUAUGUUCUUGAACAUAAGGCCCAACUUUUUAGUGAAAUGAGGCCUCUGAAAGGAGAAGGGGAUACUUUCUUUUUCUUCUUCUUCUUCUUCUUCUUCGUCUUUUUUUUUUUUUUUUUUUGUUUUUGUUUUUUUUUUUAUAAACGUACCCCUUCAACGUGUUCCAGAAUGAAGUUUGUGUAUAGUGUGUGUUAGGAGGUGUCAUGACUAUUUCUGAAAGGCGUUUUUCAUUCUCCCUGAUGUCACAGUACCCACACCUCUCAAUUCCAAGCAUCAUCAGCAACGAACACAACGUAUGCAGCCCAGCUGACUGUUGUUCUGCACAACAUGUUGACAUGUACCCGCCAGUUUGGCUUCUCUGUGUUGAGAAGACGGGAACCCUGCUGUUGGUAAGGACCUCAAUGUUACCAGCAGCCACCACCACAGACAUUGACACUUUGGAGUGGUUACCUUCUUUAACACACAACUGAAAGCUCACUUUUUUUCUAAACUUGCAUCUGACUGGUGGCUUGUUGUUAUUGUAGUUUCAAUAAUCUCUUGGCUGGGAAUCAAAUCUAUAAGAUAACAGUACAAGUCUCUGUCUCUUUUGUUCCAAACUCACUGGUAACAUUUUUGUUCCUUUCACUUUAAAGCACUUUAAGAAAAGUGCUGUAUAAUUCUUACUGUCUCUGCCACCCACCCCCACCCUUUAUCAAGAGCUGUGUUGGCUGUGAAGAUGUAAUAUUGCCUUACAUCAACCCCUCAUCAUUACUCACUCACAUGAUCAACAGUGACUUAUCAGCAGUAUUGGGCCGGUUUGAGCCCAUAUCAUGGCUGGAAGCUACAGUGGCCAAAGUACAGUACAUGUGCAGCUCUGGACACCUCCACCCCCACCACAGCUCCAGCACGCCCUGCUAUUGGGAGAAGUUUGCCUUCAGGGCUUUCUGCCAGAAAGCCUGUUUUUGGUUAGAUUUAAGAAAAAGAUCAUGGUUUAACUUACAGUCUUAAGGCAAACUUCUCCCAUGUGCACACUCCCUUCAGUGUUGCUUUUCCUUCAGAAAAUGUCAUGGCUCCGUCUCACUGCUCGCAGGAUGGAUUUAGUUAACACCUACCUGCAGGGUGUUUCAAUAAGGAGCCAGUCACAAUUCGCCAGAUAACCCCAGAUAAACACAAAAAAGGCCAAGUGAAUUUUGUAAACCUCAAUUUGAAUAAUAGUUUAAUCACGGUUCCAAUAUGUUCUGUUACAGUAUCUUGCUAACUUGGUGUUCAUUGAAAUACCCACAGUUCUACUGACAUUGUAUUUUUCUCUUUUUAAAGUUGUUUCUAUUUUUAUUCAUGACAUGUUUUCAUUGUUGCUUUCUCUCUCCUUGUAAAGUGUCUUUGAGUAUUUAGAAAAGUGCUAUACAAAUAAAAUGUUUUAUUAUUAUCACCAUCA